CCUCCUAGAACUCUCAGGGGAUCCAGAACUGCAGCCGAUCCUCGCCGGGCUGUUCCUGUCCAUGUGCCUGGUCACGGUCCUGGGGAACCUGCUCAUCAUCCUGGCCAACAGCCCUGACUCCCACCUCCACACCCCCAUGUACUUCUUCCUCUCCAACCUGUCCUCGCCUGACAUCGGUUUCACCUCCACCACGGUCCCAGAGAUGAUUGUGGACAUCCAAUCUCACAGCAGAAUCAUCUCCUAGGCAGGCUGCCUGACUCAGAUGUCUCUCUUUGCCAUUUUUGGAGGCAUGGAAGAGAGACACGCUCCUGAGUGUGAUGGCCUAUGACCGAACUCUCAGGGGAUCCAGAACUGCAGCCGAUCCUCGCCGGGCUGUUCCUGUCCAUGUGCCUGGUCACGGUCCUGGGGAACCUGCUCAUCAUCCUGGCCAACAGCCCUGACUCCCACCUCCACACCCCCAUGUACUUCUUCCUCUCCAACCUGUCCUCGCCUGACAUCGGUUUCACCUCCACCACGGUCCCAGAGAUGAUUGUGGACAUCCAAUCUCACAGCAGAAUCAUCUCCUAGGCAGGCUGCCUGACUCAGAUGUCUCUCUUUGCCAUUUUUGGAGGCAUGGAAGAGAGACACGCUCCUGAGUGUGAUGGCCUAUGACCGGUUUGUAGCCGUCUGUCACCGUCUAUAUCAUUCAGCCAUCAUGAACCCGUGUUUCUGUGGCUUCCUAGUUUUGUUGU